AUGGAUAGACUGAUUGAUGAGGCUCGUGACCUCCCAGACGAGUUAUGUGAGGUCAACACCCUUUUAACAAACCAAUCUCUACUGGUAGCAAGUGCCAACGCCUAUACUCAUGGCAAACCAUCAUCAAGAUUAAAAAAUUAUCGUGUGGCGACUAGCCAUUUGAUGUACUGGCUCAAGGCUCCAUCUUACCUCUCCAAUUUCCAAUUGACUCUUUUAUGUCUCUUUGUAUUUUAUUUGGCAAGACGGUUUUAUAAAAAAAAUACUCGAUUGCCUCCCACUAUAAUAAAUCAAAUUGUAUCUAAUGAAGAAAAGGCAAAGGCAAAUUUGAAGGCGAGGCCGAAACAAACAAAAACAACUGCAAAGGCAAAUGCAACUGCAACUGCAAAUGCACAUGCAAACGCAAACGCAAAUGAUAGCAAUAGCAAUUCGCCUCCAGAUAUCCACAUUACCAAAAAUAAUUGGUUCAUCUUUUGGUACAAGACUCUUCCUCUCAAUGCUCUUUCCAGAUUUUGGGGCAAUUUCAAUCAAUUGACUUUACCAACUUGGUUCAGACCUUAUGGUUAUCGUUUUUAUAUUUGGCUUUAUAAUGUCAACUUUGACGAAAUUAAAGAUAAAAAUUUAUCCAAUUACUUAAAUCUUGGUCAAUUUUUUUAUAGAAAUAUUAAUUUGAAAUUAAGACCUAUCGAUAAUACUCCAAAUUCCAUUGUUUCCCCCGUAGAUGGUACCGUUUUAAAAUUCGGUAUUGUACAUGAUCCUAAUGGUGAAAUUGAGCAAGUAAAAGGUUUAACUUAUACCAUAAAAUCAUUCUUGGGAGUUCAUAAUCAUGAUAAUGAAUAUGAUUUAUUGAAUAGUCAUUCAGACUUGUAUUUCACCGUCAUAUAUCUUUCUCCAGGUGAUUACCAUCAUUUCCACUCUCCAGUAAAUUGGACUGUUAAAUUAAGAAGACAUUUCCCAGGGAGAUUAUUCUCUGUAUCACCAUUUUUCCAAAAAAAUUUGAAAAAUUUAUUCAUUUUAAAUGAAAGAGUACCAUUAUUGGGUUCAUGGAAAUAUGGGUUUUUCUCCAUGACUCUGGUGGGUGCAACAAACGUAGGGUCCAUCAAUUUAAAUUUCGAUAAAGAUUUGAAAACAAAUCAAAAAAAAUAUUCUCAUAUAAAUAAAAAAAGUUUAAAUGAAAAAUCUUUUUGUUACGAAUUGGAUUAUACUAUUUCCCAAGAUGCUGGUGUUCUUUUAGCAGAAGAUCAAGAUCGUAUGCCUCCAACAAAUAAUCAGGAUGGUGUACCUUUAACAAAAGGUGAAGAAAUGGGUGGGUUUAAAUUUGGAUCCACCGUGGUCAUUUGUUUCCAAGCUCCAAAGGAUUUUAAAUUUAAUAUUCAAUUGAAUGAAAGGAUAAAGAUGGGUCAACUUAUUGGAUCUGCUCUACGAAGCGAAGCCAAGUAG